CGAUGACGUAAGCGAGAACAAGGAAGUGACUUGUCUUCGUGCAUGAUCCAAGUGGUUUGACUUGUUACCUGGUACAGGAUUGACGUUUCUACCCACAGAAAUGGGGGACGUUACCAUCAGCCCUCUGGUUUUGAUCGGUGUUGGGUCCAGCGUCGCCUGUUCUGGCCUCUUUUAUCAUUUAUAUCGAGAGAAGAAGCGAGAGUUGGUGAAGCUGAAGGAAAUUCCCGUUUUCAAUCCGGAUGAACAGCUGGUGAAAAUCCUGAAACAGUCUGCGCAGAAGAGGCUGCACUAUGUGGCAGUAGAAGGUGUGGUGCAGGCUGACGGUGAGCCUCUGGCCAGCAAGUACGUCCCGAAAUGCUUCGGAGUGAUUCAGACGUUGGCAGAGGAGGAACACUGGAAGUACUGGAAUUCCUUAACCAGGACAUGGAGCUCCCGUAAAAACAACAAGAGAGAAACUAACAAUUCAGUGCCCUUCAGCCUGGUCAGUCCUGGAGCCUACAUGACCGACGUGAGGGUGAAGGUGAAGAGCCCAAUGGAGGCUUCAGGCGGCUUCCUGGAGAGGGUGCACCAUAAGGUCCGACACACCAAAGGGAGCCUGGUGAACCUACUGCUCCAGGGUCUAGCCAGCGAAACGCCAGUGUCACUGGAGGAGAGUGAGGAGAUGCUGCGUGUGGGCAGCAUGCUGACCGGGUUUGGGGAGGUGGUUCUGGAAGGAGAGACUGUGAUGCGGCUGCAGGCUCCCCUGGACGGCCGGAUGUACGCCCUGGUGCCUUCUGACUACAGGAGCUUUAUGGAUCGGCAUGAGAGCACAGCGAGCAUGUGGAAGAUGCUGACUGUAGCGAGCGCAGCCACCGCAGCCACGCUGCUCGCCGGAAUCUUCUCCAACAUGUUCGGAGGUCAGGAUCGAAGAUCCAAAUGAUUGAAAUAACCCAAUUUAGUUGGUUGCACUGCCGCUGCGCCACAUUGGCUGUAAUGCUCAAGAUACAGUACGUGGACAUAAUGCCAACGAUCAAACUGCCUCACACAGGAGCAGACAGUUGAGACAGUAAUUCUAGGGUUUUUUAACUUCCAAUAUUUGUA